AAAAUGCGGUAAAGAAAAAGAAGACAAUUGAUAAAAGUUACAGAUUCUCAUUUUAUUAUAAAGCGUCAUACAUUGUUGAUUUUCGAUCUGAUUUUGCUUAGCAUUGCGAUAAUUUUGUAGAAAAUCUAGCAAAACUAGAUGGCAGAUGGUGAGGAUAUUCAACCACUCGUAUGCGAUAACGGAACUGGAAUGAUUAAGGCUGGAUUUGCUGGUGAUGAUGCUCCAAGAGCCGUGUUCCCUAGCAUUGUAGGUCGUCCGCGUCACACAGGUGUGAUGGUUGGCAUGGGUCAGAAGGAUGCUUAUGUUGGUGAUGAGGCUCAGUCCAAGCGUGGUAUUCUGACUCUUAAAUACCCUAUUGAGCACGGUAUCGUCAACAAUUGGGAAGAUAUGGAAAAGAUUUGGCAUCAUACCUUCUACAAUGAACUCCGUGUGGCUCCAGAAGAGCACCCAGUCCUUCUCACCGAGGCACCACUAAAUCCGAAAGCCAAUCGUGAGAAAAUGACCCAAACCAUGUUUGAGACCUUCAAUGCUCCGGCCAUGUAUGUUGCUAUCCAGGCUGUUCUCUCCCUUUAUGCCAGUGGUCGUACAACCGGUAUUGUUCUGGACUCCGGAGAUGGUGUGAGCCAUACUGUCCCCAUUUAUGAAGGAUACGCUCUCCCGCAUGCCAUCCUCCGUCUUGACCUAGCAGGUCGUGACCUUACUGAUGCCCUCAUGAAAAUCUUGACCGAGCGUGGUUAUUCGUUUACCACUACAGCUGAGCGUGAAAUUGUUCGUGAUGUCAAAGAGAAGCUGGCAUAUAUUGCACUUGACUUCGAGCAAGAGCUUGAAACUGCCAAGACUAGUUCUUCCAUUGAGAAGAGCUAUGAGUUGCCUGAUGGCCAAGUGAUCACCAUUGGUUCUGAGCGUUUCCGAUGCCCAGAAGUCCUUUUCCAGCCUUCCAUGAUCGGAAUGGAAGCUGCUGGCAUCCACGAAACAACAUACAAUUCUAUCAUGAAGUGCGAUGUUGACAUCAGGAAGGAUUUGUAUGGAAAUAUUGUUCUCGGCGGUGGAACUACCAUGUUCCCUGGAAUUGCCAACAGAAUGAGCAAGGAAAUCACUGCCUUAGCCCCAAACAGUAUGAAGAUUAAGGUGGUGGCUCCUCCUGAAAGGAAAUACAGUGUCUGGAUUGGAGGCUCUAUCUUGGCAUCUCUUAGUACUUUCCAGCAGAUGUGGAUUGCCAAGGCCGAAUAUGAUGAAUCUGGCCCAUCUAUUGUGCACAGGAAGUGCUUCUAAUUCUUCACAACGCAAGAGGCCUACAAGUAAUGUCUUUUGAUUUUUUUUUUUUAAAUUUAUUUUCUUUUGAA